AUGACCCUCACAGAGGCCCCCAACCCCGGCAUGGCCUCCACCACCAGCGUCAACGAGAGCUCCUCCGGCUCCUACAGCGCUGCCGACUUCGAGCAAUUCACCGUUAGCGCUCAGGAGAAGCUUGCCGCACAGCUAAUGCAUCGCCAAUUCGAGACCGGCCAGAGUAAUGCCAUUGAGCGGCUGGUAUCGUUGAAAGCAGACCUGCGCGACGCCGACGAUGAUACUUUCUGGCGGGAUCUCAUGGAGGGAGUGACGAGCAUAUGUAACGCUCAGUGCGGCUUCGUGGCAGAAGAAGUACCCCCAGGUAGCAGCACUGUAGAUGGUACUGGUCGAUCUAGGUCUCACCUCGCACCAGUUGUCUACUUCAACGACGACGGCAAGAUCCGCAUACAUCGAAACUACAAGCCCUGGUCCUGGGACCUCCCUUGCAAUUUCAUGGCUCGAGAUAUGCAUAAAUCCUUCCUCGUGGCAGAUAACCUUUCUUCGCUGGUUGGGGAGUCGAGCAUGGCUCAUUUUACUUCACCCAUGGCGGCUUGUUUGGCAGUUCCGCUCUUCGACGCCCGUACCCCUGUCGCUCGCGUGGGCCUCAUGUGGACGUCUGCUGGCCUGGAGAAGAGGAAUGUCUCCUGGGCGUAUCUUGAGAUGAUACUGCAUUCGCUACAGGACAUGAUACUACAGCGGAUGGAUGGAAGUUUGACGCAGCGGCAGCUCGAGAUGGAGAGGGAACUGGAGAAUGAGCGGCAGAAGGAGCAGGAAAGGGAGCGAGAGAACGAACGAUCCCGGUGUCGCUCUCGCUCUAUCAGCCGGCGGCCCAUUCCUUAUAAGCCAGGAGCUGGCCAGCCGACACUCAAGCUCUACGCGCGUAGUAUGUCGCAUGAGUUGCGGACACCGAUGCAUGGCGUUGUUGGCAUGCUGGAUGUCAUGCACGGCACUGUUGCAGACACAAUACAUAGAGCGACAGAGGGAGAUGAGGGUCUAGUUCCAGGCGUGGUUAAAACAUUUGAGAGACUCAGGGGAGAUAUUGAGGUUGUUCAGGAUUCUGCUCGUCGUGCUAUCGAAGCUGCAGACAAUAUUGUGCACGCCUAUGAUCUCAACAUGCAAGUCCCUGAUACACCCGAAAGCUCCAUUAUCGGCGAUUCCCACUGCGUUUCCCGCAACCACUCUCUUAAUUGCCCAAGCGACGGGCGCCCAGACAUCCUAAUCGUCGGAAAUGACCUUCUCAUGAAACCAAUGAAAAAACGGCCUCGCAGCAUUGGCUACUCGCGCAGCUCCUCACCUAACUUUCCAAUAAAAUCUCCACGCCGUGAGCGCUCGCGGACGUCAGAAGUCAGGAGUGCGGUGGAGGAGAGCGAUAAGAUUGUACAUUCGACUCCGGCUAGAGGGGAGAUGAGGGAAGCGUUUAUUGACGCCGUGGCCCCGUCAGAGCACGAUGAUGACGGUCAUGAUGAACAUACGGAUGACUUUACAGAUCAGCCUCCGAAUACCCGCAAGCACGCGCGAUCUUUGUCUAGAGUAACCCGCCCUGUUCCCGUCUUCCCACCCAUGGUCCUACAUUAUACCAAGAUCCGAGAACUACUCCAUCUAGUGAUUAAUGAAUCCCUACACGUUGGUGGCCGUCCCGACUCCUCCAUAACUGAACCCACUGCCACCGGUGAACGAAUCGAAAUCCGCUCUCGCUCGUCUAACGGCACUGCAUCAACUAAACAGAUCUCUUGGGCCGUUGAUCACUGCGUACCUGAAACACUGUACAUGGACGAAAAGGACCUCGCCAAACUUGUCUCCUGUGUCUUCUUGAACGCUCUCAAGUUCACCGAGUCAGGAAGCAUAACUCUUACCGCUAAGCUAAACCACACUUCCCGAUAUGUUGUUAUCAACGUCACUGAUACGGGCACGGGUAUACCAGAAGGGUUCCUACCUAACUUGUUCAAGGCGUUUGCGAGGGAAGACGGGUCUACAACACGCAGCAAAGAAGGUCUGGGUCUAGGCUUGCUUGUGGCAAAGGGUCUUUCGAGGAAGCUUGGUGGAGAUUUGAUUUGUGUUCGCUCCUCGACUUGUGGUGAGCAUAGAGGAUCAGAAUUCGAGAUUCGCUUGCCUAUCAUACCAAAUGAUGUGCUUAGCAGGCCUAGUACGCCGAGAACAUGCACAUCAGUAACCUCAACUGCAAGCACGCAUACAUGUACAAAUGCUGGCAACGAGGCGAACGGUGACAAGAAUGAGAAUAUGGUAGAAGACUCCCCACCUCUACCCGAGCAUUCGAAAGACAACGAUGACAACGAGAACAACAAUAACAACAACACCACCACCACCGCGAUAGGGACAGAAAUGAAUAACUCAGCUCUCUCUCCACCUACUACUCCCCAAACACAAACACUGGCACCACCCCGAACCUUCGACGUAGUCCAAUCCCCUAUACAUCGACCAGGCCUGCCAUCCUCCAUAUCUGCCCCUAUACUUCCAACUCCCAUGUCAACCACGACCCAAUUCUCCUAUAACAGCCCGUAUCUAAAUGGACACCAGACCCUCGCUGAACGCCACCCACUCACUUUCAUGGUUGCAGAGGACAACGUGAUCAAUCGUAAGAUCCUAGUCACAAUGCUUGAGCGGCUUGGCUAUACAGACGUCUACCAAGCUUAUGAUGGCCGCGAGGCCGUCAGAGUUGUCAAGGAGGUACUGGAGGGGAAUACGUUGCGGCCUGCAGGAAAGGACAGCAGUCCUGAUCAAUCACCGAGAACCGUUUCCCUCCCACCCCCAGCUAUCCCCCAAUCCCAAUGUCCAUCUCAGUGCCCAUCCCAAUGUCCAUCCCAACCUCCAUCACAUUCUACAUCACCAUCCCCAACCCCACAUCAAUUCACGGCAUCCCCGUCACGCUCACCCUCCCCUACACCUUCCACAGAACAUAAAUUUAUCGACGUAAUUCUCAUGGACCUCUGGAUGCCCAACAUGGAUGGCUACGAAGCCACGGAACAUAUAUUCUCCUUUGUCUCUUCAUACCGCGAGCGAAUGGCAAAAUAUGAUCCAGACAAUGUCCCGCCUCCCGGCCCUACAGUGCUCGCCGUCAGCGCAGACGUUACCGACGAAGCUUUGCGACGAGCCACGAAGGUCGGUAUGAAAGGAUAUAUGACGAAGCCGUACAAGUUACGAGAUCUGGAGAGGCUGUUAGUGGAAUUUUGUGCAUCACAGGCAAGGUGGAGGAUAUAA